GCUUGUGUCGUGCCGAAGUCGUUACUUGGGCGAUCCUUGCGCUGUCCUAUCCGAAGUAGAAUCGGUCGUAACGUGUUUUCGCUGAGAUAACUCUUGGGGAAAGCAAAGACGAUCCUCAGUGUGCCCCUCCCGUUGCGAAUGGCGAGAACGCCCGUAAGAAGGCCAUAGUGCAGGCUGCUGUUGGGUGCGCUGACCGUGCAGUGUUGGCUCACGUCGAUGUGCGCAACCAGGAGCAGAAACACGGACUGGGCCGGCGAGAGUCGGUUGGGCACGGCGCAUUGUUACUGAGGGCGCUUGUCUUGCAGCGGAGUGCCACUUCAUAGCCACCACCAACCCCUCUCUCAUCGACGUCAUGGCUAUGCAACCGUUAAACCCGGACGAGUAUCCGUAUAAUACUCUGGCCAACUUUGUCGUUGAGAAGAAGAUUGGCCGCGGGCAGUUCAGCACAGUGUAUGGUGGCCUAUGCAAGGUGGACAAUCGCAAAGUAGCUCUUAAGAAGGUCCAGAUCUAUGAGAUGGCUGACGCCAAGGCAAGGAACGAUUGCAUCAAAGAAAUAGACCUGCUUAAGAAACUUUGCCACCCAAACGUAAUCCAGUACCAUGCAAGCUUUGUGGAAAGCAAUGAGCUCAUCAUUGUGUUGGAGUUGUGCGAUGCUGGAGACCUCUCGAAAUUAAUCAAGCACUUCAAGAAGAAGAAAAGGCUGAUUCCGGAGCGCACCAUAUGGAAGUUCUUCAUGCAGAUCAGCUGUGCAUUGGAGCAUAUGCACUCCAGAAGAAUCAUGCAUAGAGAUAUCAAGCCUGCGAACGUGUUCGUGCGUGAGGAUGGUGUGGUGAAGCUAGGGGAUCUUGGUCUAGGUCGCUUCUUUGGCUCCCAAACAGAGGAAGCAUUCUCUCUGGUCGGCACACCAUACUACAUGGCGCCGGAGAGGAUCCAGGAGAAUGGACCAGGCUAUAGUUUCAAGAGUGAUAUCUGGUCGUUGGGAUGCUUACUGUAUGAGCUGGCAGCUCUCCAGUCACCUUUCUACGGUGAUGGUCUGAACCUGUACUCGCUAUGUAUCAAGAUUCGCAAGUGUGACUAUCCGCCGCUUCCAGCAGAUUGCUACACUAUCCAGCUACGUGAGCUGGUCACCAUCUGCAUCCAGGAGGACGUGGCACGACGACCGGACGUGGCCUACGUGUACGAGGUGGCGCGGCGCAUGUACUCCCACCUUGCGCAGCGACGCGACGAGGAGAAACGCAGUCAGGCCGCCAUGGCAGCUGCCGGUACGGCUCAAUCCGGGGUUGCCCAGACUUCUGCCUCCGCUAGCUCCUCCACUGCCACCAGCGCCUGCGCUUCGGCCAUGGACGAGGAGCCAACGGAUGCAGAACUCGCCGCGGCAGCCCAGAUGGAAUCGUGAGACUCUUGACGUAGACAGCUAGUCUAGAACAUAGUUACUGUGGAGCGAUAGCGAAUGCGUUCAUGGAUACAUGGAAAACCUGUCGGGUCUCAAAAGAAAGAUGAUACAGGUGUGACGACGGAGCUGACCGUGGUGCGUAUAGUGUCUAUCUUGCACCCGACGUGUCCUGUAGCGAAUUUUGUUAUAGCUUCAGCGGAGCUAUGGCGAAUGUGUUCAUGGAUACAGGUAUAAACUGUGUUGCGUCUAGAUGGAAAACACGCCAGUGUGACGACUGUGCUGCUCAUGUGCAUCUUGCGCCCGACAUGUCCUGUAGCGAAUGUAGUCUUGUCUUUUGUGAGCUUCGCAUGGAUUGAUGUGUUGUAGCGCCGUAGUGCUAAUGUUGCAUUGUUGUAUUUGUGAUUUUGUUGUUGUGUGACACUGGGACUUCUCAGCUUGUCCCGAAGCCCUACGAAGAUGUUCACCCUGGCCUUUGCACGCUUGUUUCCCCAUUCACUAAGUGCAGCAUGCGUGCUACGCAUAUCUUGUACUUCACACAAGCCCAGCACUAAUGACUCUAAUGCUCUCAACUGCUUUUCCCCUGCCGCACGAUUUUGACAUGACUUGCAUUGCGGAUGACAAGGAUUCUCAUACGUUCUCUGCAAGCGACUCCGCCUUGAGUACAUAAUUUGAACAUACGCGGCAAACAUUCUUAGUUAUUCUCUCUCUCGCUUUCUUGUCAUACGCUUAGCUUUCUGAUUGCUGCGACUGAUGCAUUUCAGGGUGCCAUACUACAUGACAUUGUGUUGUUUGUCAACUUUCAUUAACUUCAAUAUGUGGAGAUGCUAUUUUCUUGCAACAUUCUCCUUGAGAGUGUUGCAUCCUGUGACAAUGA